CAAGAGAGGGGAAACAGAGAGACAGAGAGACAGAGAAACAAAGAGAAGAAAGAGAGAGAGAGAAGAAAUGGAAGGCGAGAAAGGGAGAGUGUGUGUAACAGGUGGGACAGGGUUCAUAGCCUCAUGGCUCGUCAUGAAGCUUCUGCAACACGGUUACUCUGUUAAUGCUACCAUUCGAUCUCACCCUCAGAGCAAGAAAGACGUUAGCUACCUGACAAACCUUCCGGGAGCAUCGGAAAAGCUCCGAAUCUACAACGCAGAUCUGAGUGAUCCCAGCAGUUUUGAAGCAGCCAUAGAAGGAUGUAUCGGGGUUUUCCAUGUUGCUCAUCCCGUAGAUUUUGAAGACACAGAACCAGAGGAAACCGUGACCAAAAGAUCGGUGGAAGGCACUUUAGGCAUUUUAAAGGCGUGCCUGAAUUCAAAGACGGUGAAGCGAGUUGUGUAUACUUCUAGUACAGCUGCUGUUGAGUACAAUGACAAGGGUGGAGACAUAAAGGAUGAGAGUUCAUGGAGUGACGUAGAUUUCCUCAAGGCUCUCAACUAUUGGGGCCAAUCAUACAUGAUUUCCAAGACAAUAACCGAAAGGGCAGCUCUUGAUUUUGCACAAGAGCAUGGAUUGGAUCUGGUGACUGUGAUUCCUUCUUUUGUUGUGGGCCCCUUCAUUUGUCCCCGGUUCCCUGGAUCGGUGAACACCGCACUGGCUCUGGUCUUAGGUGACCAGCAACAGUAUCAUAUUCUUAUGAGCACAUCAAUGGUGCACGUGGAUGAUGUAUGCAGUGCACACAUCUUUCUUCUGGAAUACCCAGAUGCAAAAGGCAGAUAUAUUUGUUCAUCAGACAGACUGACACUGAAUGAGAUGUCUGAGUUUCUUUCUGCCAAGUACCCACAACUUCCAAUACCCACAAAAGAUUCUUUGAAGGAGAUUCAAGGGUGUGGAACACCUGGCGUCUCGUCAAAGAAGCUAUUGGAUACUGGGUUUAAGUAUAAGUAUGGGCUGGAUGAGAUGUUUGAUGAAGCAAUUCAAUGCUGCAAAGAGAAGGGGUUUCUCUAGUUCAUGUUUGGUAUAAUGUCACGGACUUAGUCUCUUCCUAAACUCGUGCGGCACUUAGACAAGUCAAGACACUUGAUCUUGUUAAGUCAGCCAUACUGAAACAUCUUGUGACAAUAAGCUCUUAAUAGAUAGAACUGCCAGUUUGAACAUUACAUUUGAGGUUGUGUUUUCUAUCGCUA